AUUCUAUCUAAUUGGUCUAUCUAUCGUUCUAUCUCUGUCAUUUCACACCCUGUCAUCAUUCUAUUAUCUAUCCAGUUAUUUCUUAUCUAAAUGUCAAAGUACAUUCAAACGGAUGUUGCAUAAUAUUUCAACACCAUCCGAAUUGAUAUUUGUAGUUUCUUUUUUUAUCAACUAGUACACUAUAUUUAUUGAUACGUUAAAUAACUAUAGUCAUUUAGAUGAAUUAGAGUCCUUCAUAAGAUAAUCUACAUGCUUUGACUGGCUUCACUGCAUUUCUCUUGAUGCUGAUUUGACAUCUGGAGGAUAUUAUCGCUAUUCAAACUAAAUGCACGUCAUUUCUUACAGAUUCAUAAAAUCUCAGUCUUUGUUCUGGAAUUUUAUUGUGCGCUUAGAGUGUCUAAUCUGGUGGGCUUGUUGCUUCCUGUUUUGUUUUAUUGUGGUUGCAGCUAAAAAUAUCAGUAGCCUACGUGAGAUGGAGAGACUUUAGUUUAUCUUUAUCCGCAUCUUUUUUGUUGUCGUUCUCAUUGUAAAUGCGUCAAAACCGCUUUAAAUAGUAAAAUUUACAUAAACUAGUUAGUUUAAUGAGUCUAAAGUUAGCUACGACUGCGUUAGCUAGCGGACUAGCACGCUACGCUAGCUGACCACCAAAUAUCUUUACACGAUGUAAACAUACAAAAAAACAUUCGGCAUUUUUAUUUAUUUUAUUUCUUUUCUGGUUUUAAACUGUCGAAAAGACCGAGACCCUCAGGACCGACUCCGUUGAACACAAAGCAUCUCAGCCUCUGCCGGAAUAUGCCGUUACGUGUCAUCCAGGCUGUGAGCUCGAACAGGGUCCCGUAAGGUAACGUUUCCCUCACAGCUGUGGAUCGAGAAGGACAUGGACAGCUCAGUGACCCUGUGGCAGUUCCUGCUGCAGCUCCUGUUGGACCCCAGCAAUGACCAUCUCAUCUGCUGGACCAACGAAGAUGGAGAGUUCAAACUAUUGCAGGCCGAGGAGGUGGCCAGAUUAUGGGGCGCCCGCAAGAACAAACCCAGCAUGAACUACGACAAGCUCAGCCGGGCUCUGCGUUACUACUAUGACAAGAACAUCAUCAAAAAAGUAAACGGGCAGAAGUUUGUGUAUCGUUUUGUGUCGUACCCUGAUAUCCUAAAGGGGGAUGGGAUGGCCAGAAUGGAGGGUGCAGACGGGGGCUCUACCGGACCUCUGCCUCUCUCGGACAAACUUGUAAACGUCUCCAGGGAUAAAGACAGAAAAGACGCCCCAGACCGAGGUGCAGGCACACCGGGUCAGUCCAAAGCAUCCAACCGGAAUGACUAUAUCAACUCCGGCUUGUACACAUCCUUCACUUUGACUUCUUUGCAGUCAGGAACACAACUUUUUAAAUCCAUGAAAAUUGAAAACCCAGGAGAAAAGCUUAUGGACAAAAAGGCAGGCCAGGAGUCGCCCCAGCCGUCCACAGUCAUUAAAUUUGGGACCAUGCCAAACAAAAACAGCACUCUGUCUGCUAUAGGGAGGCCUGAACUUCUGGCACAAGCCGUCCAAGUUCCACUGAAAGCAGAAAAUGAGACCAAACAGAGCACAGUCUCGCAUGUUGUGUGUGCGUUUGUGGAGAAUCACACUUCAGAGAAUGCCAUGACGGGCUUCCCGCUCUCAAGAAUCUCUCCGUCACCGCUCCCUCAUUCCCAGUCACCCUCUUCUUCUCCGAUGACGGAUUCCCAGGAGCUGGUGAUUGACAGUGAAAUUGAGUCCCUCUCCUCACAGCCUUCAGAGUUGCAGUUGCAGGUCCAGCCCUACUCUAUUUCCAAGGACACAGUAACAGCUUCUGAGAUGCCUGACUCUUCACCCCGCAAUCUCAGCGGAAAGUCAAAGAAACCCAAAGGCCUGGAGUUGAUGCCCACGCUGGUGGUGACCAGCUCUGACCUUAGUCCUCUCAAUCUGUCCAGCCCGUCCCUCCCCACGGCCUCUCUCACCCCAGCCUUCCUGCAGACACCCCUGCUACUCACCCCUAGUCCACUUCUGUCGAAUAUCCAUUUCUGGAGCACGCUAAGCCCGGUGGCACCCCUCAGUCCCGCCCGGAGACAGGGCCCGCAUACCCUCUUCCAGUUUCCUUCUGCCCUGAGUUCCACGCAGUUCUCUGUUCCCUUGUAUAGUUUAGACGGCACCAACACUCCCGGGCCUCUCUCACCCGACCCACAGAAGACAUAAGAGGGGGACGAAUCUUUGCCUCGUGUCCUUGAUUGAUAAAUGCUGAUCGACCUCAUUCUGUUCAUCUGAACCGGUCCUCUUCAGGUAACAAAGAUGUAAAAGAUGUCCAUUUGACUCUUGAACCUGUGUGAUGUCACAAAUACUUUUCCUUGGGAUGUAUAUCAAGCCAUCAUAUAGUGUCUGCAGGACACUGUAAAUCUUUAAUUCCUGUUUUUUAAAGCACUGGUCUUCAGGGAUUGGCUCUAGUGCGACUCUUGAUCUCCACAGCUGCCAAAAUGGGCAUCAUGUGUGUGCUUUACUUGUCUAAUCGGGAUUCUGAAUUUCCUUGUGAUGAAGAGAUUCUAACAUCAUUUGUUUGUACUGCCAGAUCUGGAUAAAGAGGGAUCGUUUGUACAUAAUCCAGCAAGUUCACUUCAUCACAGCUCAUGUUUGCCUUUUUGUUUGGGAAGUCCUCAAACAAACCUGCCUUGCCAAGCCAAACCGCCCCUUCGCCUUGUGAUUUUGAUAAUGGUGACCUCUGUAUUAUCUUGUAUCUUUCCUCAUGCUGCACUUACUGCCAUGUAUUUAAAGUGUUUCGUCAUAAUAACCACACGAAUGGCACUUAGAUCAAAACAAGCUGCACUUACUAGGGCUUUUGCACCUACUCAUGUUUACUAGCCAUCCACAAAAGUAGUGAAAAUGUCGGCGGGUAAACAAUUACCUCACGGAAAUGACUCGCGACACAACUGAGAAACGAAAAAGUCAGUGAAAUGGAAUUUCCUUCUGCUUGAUUCGUUUCAAGGUAAUACACAUUUUGGUUUGUAAGUGAACAUUAUAAAGGAUCUCAGAUGUCCGCAGCACCAGCACUGUUUGUGAACGCUUUUCGCUCCAGGUUCAUUUCUGCAUAAUUCCAAAUAUAAUUGGCUGUUACAGCUUAUUAUACAACUAAUGUCACACAUUUUCCUUCUGUUGUGUGUGUCUGCAUCCACAGUCCAGUCCGCCACCUUGUACAACUAACCGACUAGCUGGUGCAAAUAGUGACAUUUUAUUGUGCAUUGUAGAUCAGAACCAGCAGAAGUCACAUUUCUUUGGGAUGGUUCACCAAAAAUGAAAUUCAUGUUGUUCCAAACCUGUAAAUCCGUCUUUCUUCUGUGGAACGCAAUGUUUUUUGAGAAUAUCUCAGCUCUUUUUGUCCAUGAAACAAGAGACAACACAAAAGCUGUGUUCCUCAGAAAAAAGAAAGUCACACAGAUUUGGAAACAACAUUUUUGGGUGAACUCUUUAUGAAGAUUGAGGCAGUCAGGAUGCCAUAUUCUUGAAGAAACCCUCAACAUUUGAACAUCUUAAAACAUUAAAUCUAAUUGGUGCUUUGACCAUGAUGCACAUUUUUGAGAGGCCAAAUUGUCGUCACCCUUGUUGCAAUGCUUGAAUGAUGGCGACUGCGUAAUGAAGCGUGCUUCCAAAUGCCAUCACCGUAACACGCCAGAUAUGCCACUGCGGCAAUGCUUAUCAUACAAAUCUUUUCAUAGAAACCAUUUUCCCUUUCUGAAAGGCUGAAAGCCAUUAGGAAUGAUUUCAGUUGAGUGGGAAAAUCCAAGGACUUGCUUUACUCCAGUAGACUGGCGAUUCACCAUUAAGCUAAUGGAGCGUACACAGCGUAAAAUGGAAUGGAACGGCACCGGCUCAGUGCUUAAAGCCUCGUCCCACCAUUAGGAUGGUUGGAUUGCUGGAGAUCGGUUGGAUGUGCACCGUAACUGGACGGGUGUCUGUAGAUCUCAGGCCAAAUGCUCAAAACCAUUCCUGCAUUUGUCAGCUUUCCCGGUGUGCAAGAUUCAAUCCCCCUGCAGAAUACAAUCUACCCUGGACAACAAGCCCAAGCUGUUUGUAAUGCCCAGCCAGAAGUGGCUGUCCUUUUGUAGCUGGUUUGGCUGGUUUACCAGUCCAGUUAAUCCCUGCUGGUAGAAUAUACCAUGUAUCUUUUUCCAUUGAUGCUCAUUCAAAAGUAAGUGUUUUUAGAAGGCAAGGCUUACAUUUCAUAUAUAACAUUGCUCUAUAGUAAAUGUUUAGUGAAUUUUUUGGGGGCUUCCGGCUUUCAUAAUUAUUUAUUUUCAUAUUUAACACAACUUAAAGUAA